UUCCGGAGGAUUACUGUUAUAUGUAGAUAAGAUGGCAACCAGUUUAAGUGUUUUGGGGCAUUUCUAAAACAGCCGAGCAAUAAUCUCCUCUUGAGGCUUUUCAACCACAGCUACAAUCUACUUUAUAUAUCUUCUCUCUUGUCAACGUCUCUGUAACCGCUCUCAACGUACUUGAAAGUAUCGAUUAACUACGCCCAAACCAGCCCCUUUCUGAUCUGCGUCAAGUUAAAAAGAUAUGGGAGCAUUCCUCGAAAAGCCAAAAACAGACAAGGUCACCAGCUCUGGUGAGGGCUAUGGCAUCAGAUAUGCCGUCUCGGCCAUGCAGGGAUGGAGAAUGGAGAUGGAGGACUCUCACAUAUGUGACACGGACUUCAUUAAAAACUGGAGCUUCUUUGGUGUCUUUGAUGGCCAUGCAGGGCCUAAAGUAUCACAGUACUGCUCUGAUCAUAUACUGCGUAUAAUGUUGGAUGAUUUAAAGGCCAGUUUAGACGAGUGUAAAUCAACCGAAGAACCCAAAGAAAGAAUCAAGCAGGCCAUUUACGACGGUUUCCUAAAACUAGACAGCAAAAUAAGGGAAGACCCCACGUGGGCCAAUGGUGAGGAUCACAGUGGCACGACGGCUAUCACUGUAAUGAUAUCUCCGACUCACAUCUACUGGGCCAACUGUGGGGAUUCACGUGGCUUCCUCUGCUCAGAUGGAAAGGUCAAGUUUGCCACUGAGGACCAUAAACCAUACCUCGCCCGUGAGAAAGAAAGGAUAGAGAAGGCAGGGGGUAGUGUUAUCAUGCAACGUGUUAAUGGAUCACUGGCUGUAUCGAGAGCACUAGGAGACUUUGAUUAUAAAAGAAACAACUCAAUUCCUGCGAAAGAGCAGCUGGUCUCCCCUGAACCUGAGAUUGAUAUUCUCCCUCGCGACAGUGAAAAUGAUGAGUUUCUCCUUUUAGCUUGUGAUGGUAUUUAUGAUGUCAUGAGCAAUGAAGAGGUUAUGAGUUACGUGAGACGUCAGUUAGAGCUGACGGCAAAUUUAGAGAAAAUUUGCAACGAUCUUAUCGAUCUCUGUUUAAAUAAAAACAGCAGAGAUAACAUGAGUGUAGUAUUAGUGGUAUUUCCUAAUGCCCCUAAAGUGUCUCAAGAGGCUAUUGAAAAAGAGAAAAUAUUGCAGAAAGAGGCACAGGAAAAGAUUGAAGAGAAACUAAAAGAAAUGGUGAAGGCAGCUAAUGACCCUUUGGAGGUAGAGGAAAAUUACAUAUUGCAACAGUUAAUCCAGGAAUUUCCUGACAAUUACUGUGUGCCAGCCAAGAAAAGCUUUAUUUCAGAGCACUUACAAAAGCUAACAAAAGACAAAUUUGGUGAUCUUCCUGACAACUUUACUGGGCAGAGUGACUCAAGCAAUGCACCGCCUGACUUUCAGUCCGACUUUAAGUCAAUACUCACUGCUGAUGGUAAUGAGAUACACAUAUCUGGCGUGAUGGAGGAGGAUUAUCCAAAGGAUGAGAACCUCUUACAAGCUAAUGAUAACAGCAUCACUGAAGUCACUGAUGAAACUCCUACCCCAGACAAAGAGGAAGAAGAUGAGAAGAUGGAGACCACACAAGACACCACUACUACCACAGAUACUCUACCAAAAGAAGACAAGGAUGAAAAGAUGGAAGAGGAAGGCGUCAAAACUACUACAUAGGGGGAAUAUUCAUUUAGUUGACUACGUAAUGAUAUUAUAUUAUAUCCAUUAUUAUUAUUAUUAUUAUUAUUAUUAUUAUUAUAUUAUUAUUAUUAUUAAUAGUAGAAUUUGAUUGUGUGUGUUUGUGCUGUGACUUUUUGUCAAGUUACUUUUCUCUCUCUUACACUGUAAUCUCUAUCCUUUUUCUCUCUCUUCCCUCUCAUACACACAUGCUUGUUUUUUUUAUGCACAAUACAUUUAAUAGUUAGGCGUACUGACAAUUAUUUGUUCUUAUAAAUAAUCUUUAUGCUGAAAUAUUUCUUUUUUUA